AUGAUUGGGAAGCCUACACAAGUUGAACGCCAAAAUGCAACCACACUUUCGGGAACAAUCCUUAAACUUCCAUUGAGGAUUGAAGAUUCUUCAACCUGCGAUAUUAUAUUAAAUACAACAAUAUGGCUCCAUAUCAGCAAAGCAGAGUAUGAGCCGAGCUCUGACCCCAAUUUUAUCAAUAUGUGCUUUGUUGCAGUGUUUCCCUUUGGUCAAUUUCACACCACAAUUACAAAAGCAAACGUGAAAAAAGUUUUCAAAGACAAAGCAAUUUCUAAAAUUGAUCCAGCCGAUGCAGUCGCUGUAUUCAGGGAUUUGUUUCAUCUAGAUUUGGAGAGCAUCUUGGAGAGUGGUGAGAAGGAAGGGGUGCAUCAUGACUUAUUUGUUAAUGCCAAGAUCUCAACUUCAAAAGAUGACUUUGAUGAAUUUGGAGAGUACAGUGGCGAUAGGAUGGAGAAUGAGACAUUGAGCAUAUUGGUCAAAAGACUGGGUAAAUUUACCCCCACAAUUGGGCAGUUUGAGAUGCAACCUGUUAGUCUUGCCAAUGUAGACUAUUUGGCAAGCGAAGGUGACUUGUUCAAUUGGAUGGAAUUGUACCACCAUCAAGUAGAAGAGCUUACAAACUCUUUAGUUUUAUCGAAACAAAAUUACUCCAAGAUUAGCGAAGAUAAUGAACUUCUUAAAAAUGGUCUUAGAAUAGCGCGAGAUGACUUUCAGAACAUUGUUGAUGACUUGGAAUCUAAAUUCUAUCAAGCUUUGAAUGCAAAGAAGAAUAUGAUAUAUCAUUUAACUCAUAGUGAUGGAGCCAAGAUUAAGGAGCUUGUGGGGUUGAACAGGGAAUACAUACUUAAUACGGGGAAGCUUCGAAAUAUAGAUACAGAUGCGCUUGAAUCGGGUGAGAACUUUGAUGACAAGAGUUUAUCCAAGAAGCGGAUAUCUGCUACCACUAACCCUAUUGAUGAAUAUACCAGUCGAAAGAGACAAAAAGUCAAAGCUGAGAAUAGCUCAGAUGCGAAUACUAAAUUUGCUGCAAAAAUGGAUGAAGAAAUGGAAGAAAUGGAAGAUUCUUGCCAUGCUUUAAAUACCAAGGUCAAACGAGAGCCAGAAUUUGCUAAGGCUUUAUCAAAAUAUUGUUUAGAGAAUCCCAAUAAUUCUUUUGAUAAAAAUGUUGAAGUGAAACAUGAAAAGGAGCUACUGUCUGUAUCGUGUGAUUCUGAUUUGGUAGAAACAAAAAAAAAACUUCCAUCGAUUGAGUUGAAAGACGAUAGCUGGAGUUUGUCAGUCCCCAAAAACUCUUUAAAUGAAGAAUCGGAUAAGGAAGUUUUAAAGCGAGCAAUGCAAUAUGAAUUUGAGAAUGACGAGGACGAGGAUGAUAAAGAGGAGGAGGAGGAAGAAGAAGAAGAAGAAAGUGAAUUGGUAGGACAAACCACUGAAGACGAUACAGGACGAGAGAGUGAUGACAAUUUUGUCAAAGUAGAUGAUGUUCUGGAAACCAAUUCUGAGAAAGAAUCAAGUGGUUCCGGGAAAAUUAAAGAUGAGAAAAGUAACCACAAAAAACAAGUCACGUCACCUGGCGGAGAUAAUCAUUGCUCAAGUGAGACUUUAGUGAUUGAAGAUAGUUUAUCCGCCGCAAAAGACAAUAAUAACAUCAUCAAGAUCAUUAACGAGAAUCAUCAUGUUGAUGAAAAUAGAGAUAAGGAUGUGCAAGGGAGAUUAAUCAAAUCAACUCAGGAUCUGACUGACUAUAGCUCUAGUUCUGAGGGAGCGGUUGAUGAGAAGACACAAAUUUACAAGACAAGUAGCAAUAUACCAGAUACUGCCGAAGUGGAGGAUGACACUGAUUAUAGUGAUGAUAGUAAUGAUGAUAAUGAUGAUAAUGAUGAUGAUGUGUAA